AUGUGGUGCGCUAGCGAGCGGUUUUCUGCAGCUUUACUUUUAUGUUCUGCUACGGCCUCAGGUGAAGACGCUGUUACAGUGACCCCGGGAGACACUGUCAGUCUACCAUGCACUGCACUGUUUGAAAAUAACGAUACAGCUGAACUUGUUGUUGAGUGGAAAAAGGAUAGGGACUCAUUAUGUAAAAACAAAAUUAGAAAGAAUAAUACGGUAAUUUAUUACUGCAAUCGUCAGUUCAGUAUAAAUCCAGAAACGUUUGGGCUGAUUAUAACAGGUGUUAACAGCAGCAACGCUGGUCUUUAUAACUGCACAUUGACCAAACUGAUACCACCACCAUCAGAAGAUACAUUUUCACUACUUCAGGUUAAUGUUUCACCAGGUCUCUUCCUACAGCAGCUGAACAGCAGUGACGUCACAUGUGUGGAGUUGUUCUGCACUCUGGACGGUUUGCGUCCAGAGCAGGUGAACUUCACUUGGACAAAAGCAGAUGAGAAGCUUCCUCACUACCACAACACCAACAUGAGCAGCACGCUGAAACUCUGCAAGCCAGACUGGUGGGAUGGAGUCACACUGACCUGCCAAGUCAGCUACUCUCACAACUUCACAGUCUAUAGGAAAAACAUUACACUCACAUGCAGAAAUACAGGAGGCUGCAAGGACUACAGGGUGGUGGUCAUCUCUGCCAGUAGUGCAUGUUUGGGCCUGCUCCUCAUUCUCCUUCUCAGUGUGGCUGUGUAUAAAAGUAAGAAGAGAAAAGAGACAAAUGAAAACAUAUUCUUCAAUAAUAAAAUCUACGAGAACUUCAAUUUCUUCAGUGCCAGACCUAAUGCUGAGCCCCACAAUGAUUCAAGUGUCAGAACUGCCGGUAGGCCUAACCUACGGAGAGGCCCGUUGACUGGAGAGGAGUGCAUCUAUGAGAACUAACAAUAUCUCAUGUCUCGCUUUUACAAAACAAGCCUGAGUUACAUAUAUUGUAGUAUAUAGUGUCAGUGACACUAUGAACUCCUCUCUAUCUUCAGUGCAAGAAGAAUGUGUUUUUAAAUGGGCCUAAACUAACUGCUCUAUUUCUCUACUGUGGUUGUAUCACUUAUAAAUAAAUUACAAAGAAUUUGUAAAUUUGUGCUUUGCCCUAGUAUCUCCACAUCCACAGGCAAGAGCUCUUUACAGCUGAGCAGUAACUGUAAAAGCAGACCACAGUGUAGCCUCUCAGAAAGAAUUGUGAAGCUGCAGUCUCCAGUCUGGGUUGAUGUAGGUAUCAGUAAUCACAUUUGGGUCAUUCACAAGAAGCAGAGGAACAACAUGAAAAAAAUAGCUGUUACUGAUUUAACAGCUAACAGUGUUCACAGAAACAAAUUAUACACUUAUUCAACUACUCUGUAUACUGAUCAGCCGUGGCAUUAAAACCACUUAACUAAAAUGGCAUAGAUCCCCCUCAUGCCACUGAAACAACUCUGACUCAUUGAGGUAUAGAUACCACAAGACCUCUGAAGGUGUCAUGUGGUAUUUAGCACCAAGACAUAAGCAGCAUAUGUCCUGCACGUUGCAUAGUCAGAAGAAUGACAGCAUUAAAAAAAAAAACCUUCUACUGAUUUAACCAUUAAUAAUGUUUACAGAAACACAUAUAUACUUUUCAUGAUAUAUUGCUGAACUAUUUUGUAUACAAAAAAAGAGUAAAACCUAAAACUGUUGUAAUACAUUAUUUAGUUCAGACUCAUCCACUGCAGGACAUGUGCUCACCCAGCAUUUAUCCUGUUGACAAGGAGAGAAGAUCACUUCCUUGUAGAGAGGUUUUCUGGUUUAAUACAGCUGAACCUUUCACUGCUGGUUCAAGAGUCCAGAGCUGUCAGUAAGGGAUUUCCUUUCUCAGACCAUAUAUUUUAACGAGAGCUAUGAGGAUGUAUAGACAGUGUAGCUGAAAAUAAAUAUUUGAGAUUUAAGACUUUAAGAUUUAAAUAUACCGGAUUGUAGAAACUCUAAAGUAUGGAAUGGAGAUUAGUGACAACAAAUAUAUCUGUCUUUAAAUACAUAAAUAUUUAUGCUUCAAUAUAUACUUUAGAAUGAAACCAGUACACACCCAUCAGUGCCUUAUCGAUAAAUUCAUUUAGACAUUUAUUUCAUUAUUAUACAGCACCAGUGUUGUUUAUUCCUUGCCGUAGGUGUUUGAAGUGUGAAUGUAUUUGGAAAUGACAUUUGCCCAAUCUAAAUGUUUAGCCUUCUUUGGACUUGCAGCCCUGUGGAAAUAUGGUGCACAUAGCCAAGAAACCUCACAGGACCGGAGGGUUGUCUAAUCCUGCUGGGGGGCAGUGCACUUUGUGUGAACCUCCAGAGAGCCCGCGUAAGACGCAGGCUCCGGCGGAGACUUGCAGAGUUAGAUGAACAUGGAUGUGACCACAUAAAUGAAAAAAAAAGCAUGAUUUUGAUCACUGGUGCAAAUUAUAUCUAACCUUUAUUGCAAAUAUCUUAGACGGUGUCACAUCAACUGUGCUACUUUUUGCAUGAACACUGUAUUCAUGAAGUUUUUUCAGUCUGGGUUCCGACCCCAUCAUGCUACUGAAACAGCAUUAAUUAGAGUUGGCAAUGAUCUGCACCUGUCAUUUGGCAGUCAGUGUACUGCUAUUCUCAUGCUCUCAGACCUGACUUAAUAUUCUCUGCACAUUUCCACUUGGUAAGGUAAUUUUUAGCAUGGUAUUAGUUUUCACUGACGUGCUGAUUACUUGUAACAGUAUGUAUGAGGUAUGCAAACUGUGCCAUUAGUCUAAAUAAAUCAGAGGAAUAUGUCAAAGACAACAAAUGCUGUAUGACAAAUAACAUUCUGCUUUGAAUUCCAGCAAAACUGUGCUUCUAUCAUGGCAGUGAUCACGGCCAAGGCAGUGAUAAACAAACAUUCUAAAUUUGUUCACAAUCAUGUUGGUUUCUGUUAUUUCAAGCACAGCUGUAAAAAGUCCUUGUGUAUUCUUUGAUUCAGAUCUCCCCUUCAGAGUUCUCAUUUGCAUCAUCACAAAUCCUCAUUCUGUCACUUCACUAAUAUUUCCAAAAUGUGAAAUAAACUCUCCUUAAAGGAUGCUGAGAAGCUGGUCCAUGCUUUCAUUACCUCUAGUCUGGACUAUUGUAACACUCUUCUGGCUGGACGAUCUAAUAAUUCACUAAACAAGUGCCAGCUGGUUCAAACUGCAGUAGCUAGCGUGCUCACUAGAACCUGAAAAUCUAAACAUUUUACUCCAAUUCACUCAUCUCUGCACUGAUGUUAACAGUGUUUUGAUGGUGAUAGAUUUUUUUUUA